AUUUGAUCAACACCAGUCAGUCCGUAAAUACAGAGGCUAAUAUUCACAAAGGAACUUGUCAAUUUGUAACAUUGAAUAAUAGUGGAAUUUUUGGAUAAAGCCAUGUCUACGAAUGUGCGAGGAGUUAUACUGUCCGGAACGGAAUUGGCGAAAGAGAUUCGUGCCGGCUUAAACAAAGAUGUAAACGACCUGAAAGAAAAGUUAUCUGGCUUCGCACCAGGUUUGGCUAUCGUUCAGGUAGGUGGCCGGGAAGAUUCCAAUGUCUAUAUCAAGAUGAAAAUUAAGGCUGCCGCCGACAUAGGAAUCGUCGCCCAACAUGUGAAGCUUCCAAACACGAUUACGGAACUGGAGCUCAUCAGCAAGAUUAACAAACUGAAUAAUGAUCCUAACAUUCAUGGGAUCAUUGUGCAAAUGCCGCUCGAUUGUGUAAACAAAAUCAAUUCUCACCUGAUUACUGAUUCAGUUUCGCCUGAUAAAGAUGUCGAUGGACUAAACACCAUUAAUGAAGGCCGAGUUGCGAUCGGUGACAUGUCCGGAUUUUUGCCAUGCACUCCGAACGGCUGCAUCGAGUUAAUUAAAAAGAGUGGCGUUCCUAUCGCUGGCGCACGAGCCGUGGUUUUAGGAAGAAGCAAAAUCGUCGGCACUCCCAUUAGCGAGUUAUUAAAAUGGCAUAACGCCACCGUCACGGUUUGUCACUCGAAAACAAAGAAUCUGCCUGAUGUUGUACGUGAAGCCGACAUUCUCGUUGUAGGCAUAGGGCAACCCGAAUUAGUAAAAGGUGAUUGGAUUAAACCAGAUGCCGUUGUUAUCGAUUGUGGCAUCAAUCCUGUACCAGAUCCCACGAAGAAAAGCGGACAACGUUUAUUGGGCGACGUAGAGUAUCAGACAGCUGCCCAGGUAGCUUCGUACAUCACACCAGUGCCAGGCGGCGUCGGGCCUAUGACAGUCGCGAUGUUGAUGAAGAACACCGUGAUAUCCGCGCAGAGGGCAGCAGAAAAGAUGCUUACCACCAAGUGGAAACUAGGAAUUCUCAAGUUGAAUCCCGUUCGACCUGUGCCGAGCGACAUUAUCAUCUCCAGAUGCCAGGAGCCGAAACCGAUUUCCGCACUGGCCGAUGAAAUCGGACUGCUGCCAAACGAGUUCAGCCCCUACGGCAGCAAGAAGGCCAAGGUCGGUCUCGGGGUACUGGAAAGAUUGAGGAAUCAACAGAACGGAAAGUACGUCGUAGUGGUGGGCAUCACGCCGACGCCGUUUGGCGAAGGCAAGAGCACAACAUCCCUCGGCCUGGUACAAGCUCUAACGGCGCAUCGCGGGAAGAAUUCUUUCGUUAACCUCAGACAACCCAGCCAAGGGCCUACUUUCGGUGUCAAAGGAGGAGCUGCGGGAGGAGGAUAUUCGCAAGUAAUCCCCAUGGAGGAAUUUAAUCUCCAUCUGACAGGUGACAUUCACGCCGUCAGCGCUGCGCACAAUCUUCUGGCGGCACAAAUCGACACGCGAUACUUCCACGAGUCGAAUCAGACCGACAAGGCUCUUUACGACCGACUGGUACCGACUGUCAAAGGUGUCAGGCAAUUCUCGAAAAUUCAGUUGAGACGACUACGGAAACUGGGUAUCACAAAAACCGAUCCGAACGCGUUGACCGAAGAGGAGCGAUGCAGAUUCGCGCGGCUGGAUAUCGAUCCAGAGAACAUCACGUGGCCGCGAGUGGUGGACAUAAAUGACCGAUUCUUGCGAAAAAUCACCAUCGGUCAGAGCCCAACGGAGAAAGGAAAGACGAGACAGACCUCAUUCUGCAUUUCUGUGGGCUCUGAGGUAAUGGCAAUCCUGGCACUGUCGACCGAUGCCGAAGAUAUGAAGAAACGGCUUGGUAACAUCGUCGUCGGAUUCAGCAAGAACGGCGAGCCUUUAACUGCUGACGAUUUCGGUAUGACGGGAGCAAUGGCGAUUCUGUUGAAAGAUGCCAUAGAGCCGACACUUAUGCAAUCAUUGGAAGGUACACCCGUAAUGGUGCAUACCGGUCCGUUCGCAAAUAUCGCUCACGGUUGCUCGUCCAUCAUCGCCGACGCAAUUGCUCUAAAAUUGGUCGGACCGGAAGGUAUCGUAGUGACGGAAGCAGGAUUCGGAUCGGACAUCGGCAUGGAAAAAUUUUUCGAUAUCAAGUGUCGUACAUCCGGACUCAUACCGAACGCAAUUAUACUCGUCGCGACUAUCAGAGCACUGAAGAUGCAUGGUGGCGGACCGUCUGUAACCACCGGAAUGCCUUUGAAGAAGGAAUACAUUGAGGAGAACACCGAGCUCGUCAGGAAAGGCCUGCCAAAUCUACAGAAGCACAUCAACAAUGGGCUGAAAUACGGCGUGCCCGUAAUUGUCGCUAUCAAUUCCUACACCACCGAUACUCAAGCGGAACUGGAACUCGUGAAGCAAGCAGCCCUAGAAAGCGGCGCAUCUGAUGCGAUAAUAUGCACUCAUUGGGCCAACGGUGGCGCAGGAGCCACGGCGCUCGCCGAUGCAGUGAUAGCCGCUGCGAAUAAACCUAGCAAUUUCAAGGUGUUGUACGAUUUAGAAGAUAGCAUCGAGGAGAAAAUCAAUAAGGUCGCCAAGGAGAUCUAUGGGGCUGGUCGAGUCGUACUCGCAGAAAAUGUGCAGGAGAAGAUUGAAAACUACAACAAGCUGGGAUACAACAAAUUACCGAUAUGUAUGGCGAAAACUUCGAAUUCGCUAACAGGAGAUCCAUCCAUUAAAGGCGCGCCAAUCGGUUUUACACUCGACAUUACGGACAUAUUCGUUUCGGUUGGUGCUGGAUUCGUAGUUCCUAUGGUGGGGGAGAUAAUGAUGAUGCCAGGACUGUCGACUAGACCGAGUAUUUACGACAUGGAUUGGAAUAGUGAAACUGACGAGAUAGAAGGUCUAUUUUGAAAAAAAAAACGCGCGAAUUAAAUUCUUUGGUAAAAGAAGCAUUCUCACGAUGUGUACUGAUAAACGCAUCGCUACGUUUCAUGCGGCAAUGUAAUUGGCAAUAAAUUUAUAUUUCUAUA